CGCCUGGGGGCCCGAUACCUGUCGCCCCGCCUGGGGGCCCGAUGCCUGUCACCCCUCCUGGGGGCCCGGCGCCCGCCGCUCCACUUGGGGGCCCGAUGCCUGUCGCCCUGCCUGGGGGCCCGAUGCCUGUCGCCCACCUGGGGGCCCGAUGCCUGUCGCCCCACCUGGGGGCCCGGUGCCCGCCGCUCCGCUUGGGGGCCCGAUGCCUGUCGCUGCGCUUGGGGGCCCGAUGCCUGUCGCCCCGCCUGGGGGCCCAAUGCCUGUCGCCCCGCCUGGGGGCCCGGUGCCUGCUGCUUCACCUGAGUGCCGCUGCCCGGAGUGCCUCUGCCCGGAGUCCAGCCCGAUGUGCCUCUGCCCGGAGUCCAGCCCGAUGUGCCUCUGCCCGGAGUCCAGCCCGAUGUGCCUCUGCCCGGAGUCCAGCCCGAUGUGCCUCUGCCCGGAGUCCAGCCCGAUGUGCCUCUGCCCGGAGUCCA